AUGCCAGGUUCUCCAGUGAUGUCGGGUUACUACAGUGUAAGAAGAUCUUUCUUAUCUGACUCAGACUUCCACAAUGCUAAAUUGUUUUCAAGUGACGGCUACACCUCAAGUGUGGCUAAGCCCUUUUCCUGUGAGUCCUCAAGCGGGCAGAGCUACCCCGGCAUCCUGGGUUCCUACCUCACAGAGCCCUACGGAGACUACUGGCCACCGGCCCUGACUCCCAACACCAGCUCCGCGUUCAGUGCCUCCCCGCUGUCGCCUCUCCUGCCACCUCCCUUCCCCAGCGACCCCACACACUUUGUACUUAGGGACUCAUGGGAGCAGACAGUGCCUGAUGGUCUCAGCCAGCUGGACCCCCUGUCCGCAGAUGUUCUGCAGACAUUGCCACCCAGCACGAGUUGCCUGUCACAGCUGGAGUCAGGGAGCAUCACCCAACACAGGAGCUCAAGCCGGGGAGCCACCCUGCCUGGCACUCAGUCUUACCCACUACAUGGGAUGGAGGAGCUGAACCACACACUGGAGUACCCAACCCCACCCCUCUACUCCCUCAUUCCUUUCAUGAUGGUGGCAAAUGACCUAACGCCCAAGGUGGUGCCACUUUCAACCGAUGAGGGGAAUAAUCCUAUAUUGUAA